UCUCUUCAUUCCAUGCAUCCUUGACCCCCUCUUCUCGUUUGCCUCAUCAAAGACCGCGCCAAAUCUCUUGCAUCCUUCCAUCAGAUACUCGUAAACCGCUUUUCCCCCCUUCACAGACUAACAGUAACUUCGCACACGGACAAUUUCCCUAAUACUAUACGAAUAAGUGGCACACACAGAAGAAAAAAAAAAUGUCUACCCCGUCGCGCCGCAGGCUCAUGAAGGAUUUCAAACGCCUCCAGAGUGACCCUCCAGGCGGUAUCUCUGGUGCACCUUGUUCUGAUAACAUCAUGCUCUGGAAUGCAGUUAUCUUUGGACCUGGAGAGACACCGUUCGAAGACGGAACAUUCAAGCUUCUGCUGCAGUUCGACGAGACCUACCCGAACAAACCUCCGACCGUGAAGUUUGUCUCGCGGAUGUUCCAUCCGAACGUCUAUGCGAACGGAGAGCUGUGCCUGGACAUUCUCCAGAACCGGUGGUCGCCCACGUAUGACGUUGCGGCCAUUUUGACGAGCAUCCAGUCUUUGCUGCAUGACCCCAAUCCGAAUUCGCCCGCCAACGCCGAGGCCGCAAAUCUGUACAGGGAGAAUAAGAAGGAAUACACGAGGCGGGUACGCGAGAUCGUCGAGGCUUCUUGGGAGUCGUGAGAGAGUCACUUGGGCUUUAGGAUCGAUCCUUGGGUUUCUACGAUUCUAGGCUUCAAGGAUUUUGAGCAAAAUAAAAAAUAAAUAAAAAUAAAGCCGAACAAGUACGAGG